AUGGAUAACAGCGACCUCCACCCCCUCGACGACUAUACACACAGGUUCUUCAUUUGGCAUGAAUGGAUCCAAGCAAACGGCCCUCUGACCGUCGAUAAUGUGUUCGAUUACUUCGCAACUUCCAUGUUCUACGACAAACAAAGCAACAACCAGGUUCUCCGCAUGCAAACCAUGCACAUUGCAAUGCCUAUCCUCAACGAGGCGGAAGAACUAAAGCGAUUCACUGGCAUUGAAUUUGCCCUCGUCCAUGCACACCCUCCGUCCCUUUUCAUCAUCCACAAAAGGGAGCGUCUUUCACCCGAAGAAGUACGCCCACUUGCCGCUUACUUUGUAGUCAACAAUCGUAUUUAUCAAUCCCCGGAUGUUUACACGGUUUUGUCCAACCGUUUGCUCACCUCCCUUUACUCUUUGCAGUCAUCUCUGGAUAUACUGCGCUCAUAUAGACCGGAUUACACCCCUCGUACCGGUUUCGUCUGGCCAGUUAUGGACCCGUCCCUGGUUGAAGGAACAAACAAAAACCAUAAAUCGCAGGUAGACCCUAUCGGCGCCGCAAGCCAACAAGACCUUCCUCCGUUUAUGGAAAAGCCAAAAGCCGCCGUACAGAAGAAGCAAAAUGAUUCCCUUAUGCUCAAUGCUAUGAGGACGACUGCAGUACACUCUAACGCCUCUUUCUCUUCCCGUGUACUUGCCAUCGAGGCGGAGAGUGUCCCCGAUACCCCCGUUGCCGGUCCAAGUCAACGUUUAUCGACUACACCUGCUCCUUCUGGUACUAGAGAUGUCACGCCCAAAGCAACCUCUAAUGCACCAACCCCACGAGAUGCCAAUCCGGCCAGGGUUUCGGCAGGUGCAGGCAAGAAGAAGAAGAAACGUGGGUAUAAUUGA